AUGUUAACGAUAAUUCCUGUGCAUGAUUUAACUGCUGAUGAGCCUUUGGAUCUUAGCUCUCCAUCCCACUCGCUGGUAUCCUCAUCGUCAUCAACUGGUUCGUCGGCUAGCAUUUUCAGCUCGGCCACUGUUGGUGACUAUGAAUCAGCUACUUCUUCAGUUGAAUCAUCCACAUCCCCAGAAAUCACUAUUUUAAAUGAAAGGAAAGCGCCGACGCCAACGGCCAAGCCAACUGUGUCGAAAUUAUUAAAGCAUGAAAAUACAAAGACUGUGUUUGUCGAGGCUUUGGUUGGUUCCGCUGUUCUCUUGGUAGAUGCCAUUUGGAAGAACCCUGGCGGCUCUUCCAAGAAAUCAAUGCCUCUACGGCGGUUUAUCCAAGAGACGCUCAAACGCUCACGAACCUCGUACAGCACUUUUCAAGUGUCUCUGUAUUAUUUAAUUCUCGUCAAGCCGUUUAUUUUCGAACAGGCUCGUCAGAAGAGACUAGCAAAGUCUCCUCUGAGCUGUGCGAGACGCACUUUCCUAGCCAGUCUAAUGCUGGCAUCCAAAUGUCUUCAAGACAGGAACUACAGCAUCAGUGCUUGGUCCAAAAUCUCUGGCCUUUCUGUCAAAGAGCUUGGCAAUAAUGAGAUUGAAUUUCUCAAGGCUGCUGACUGGAAACUCCAUGUUCCUCAGGAAGUUUACAAUCGAUGGAGCACUCUUCUUUUGAGCAGUGGCUCUGUCAAGCCUGAGACUUGGAAGAACCGCAUUAAGACCAUUGGUCCCGAUAUCAAAUUCGACGAGUGUUCGUAUGCCACUGUAUGGGGUGAUUUCAUCGAUCUUACUGCAACUGGCGAAGACGUCACUUCCGGAUACAACUGUAGCACCGGCACCUCUGACUCAUGCGAUGUCACCAUUGCCAAGGUCUCUGACACAUCCCCAGUCGAGGUCGAGUGUGACAUGCCACUCACACCCGAACCCACUAAAACACAAUUCACACCACCUCAAACAGGCGCUUAUUACAUGACCAACCGCGACGAAUGGCGAUACAUCCGAUCUAGUCUGGCCAUCAAACAGAAGCUCCAAACCAACAUGAAAGCUCUUCAAGCCAAACAACGCUCUGUCGAAGCCGUGGUUCUAGCCACACCGGCGCCCUCCGAAGUGCGCUUGACCGCCGAAAGAAAACGCAGCUUCACCGCCGAAGACGACGAAGCCAUCAGCAUCGUCAAUGUCCGCUCCGUCAAGCGCCGUGUCAUCCACGUAGAUGGCAUUAUUUAA